UUAGUUUACUAUCAGCUGAUAAGUAUAAUAAUUUAUCUAAUACUAUUUUGUUCGCAUUUAUUUUUUAGCUAAUUUGCUAACAAAAAUUAAUUUUUAAAAUGACGUUAGAUGCACAUAAGGGAGAAGAUAAAUUGCUGACCACUAUUCAACAGGAAUAUAAAAUACUUGCAGAAUACAAAAUGAUUGAAUCAGAAAAAAUAGGUGGGGUCUAUGUAAUACCGUCAUAUGGAAACUCGCUUUUAUGGUUUGGCGUCAUAUUUGUCAGACAAGGAUUCUAUAUUGAUGCAGUAUUUCGUUUUACAAUACUAUUGCCAGAUAAAUUUCCAGACGAUAAGACAUUACCUACCGUUAUCUUCCAAAAUGAAAUCAUCCACCCACUCAUUUGCCCUUACACCGGAUCUUUGGAUAUUUCAUGCGCCUUUCCUUAUUGGCGUACCGGAGAGGAUCACAUCUGGCAAUUGCUUAAAUAUAUACAGGCAAUAUUUAUCGAUCCCAUUGAGUGUACACGUCUUGCCGCUAGUGGUGCCAAAUAUAACAAUGCCGAAGCAGCGGAAUUGCUAUCACAAAAUCGUGCAGAAUUUAUAGCACGAGCUAAGGACUGCGCAAGCUCUAGCAAAGAUCGAAUUUAUGAUGAACCACCCACGGAGGAUCCACAUUACAUAGUUUUUGAAAAGUUUGACACAGACAUUCAUGGACCAAUAAAGGAGCGCAUUUGUUCAGGCAAAGAUCUACCGGAAAGCCCAACUGUGCCAUCAAAUGGUCUUUCGUGGGUAAAGGAAGGUGAAUUUAAACCUCUAACCGUUGAGUAAUCAUUUAUGACGUUAUAAAAAUGUUAAGUAUUAAAAAAUUGUGUAAUGUAGUUAGCAAUAAUAUAAUUUUUAGUUAUUAACAAAAAAAAACAUUUAAAAUAUAUUUCCUUAACUUUAUCACAGUAUUAA